AUGCAACGCGUAGUCCUAUCCAGCGUAACUCUCUCUAAUGGCACCGUCAUCCCCCAAAGCUACAAACAUUUCGUAACAGGGUCACCUAAACAUCUCGAGUUUGGAUACGGAAGGCAUACGUGCCCCGGUCGCUUUUUUGCCAGCAUUGAGGUUAAGAUUAUUGUAGUCUACUUGCUUAUCGAGUACGAUUGGAAGUUUACGGAGAAAGGACGGUUACCGACGCCUUUUGCUGGGGCGGAGUGUAUUCUUAAUGAUAAACAAAAAGUUGUGAUGAAGCGUAGGUAA